AUGCGUGGAGCCUUCCCCUCGCACGCCUGGCCUGCGCCCGCGCUGGCGGCAGCCCUGGCAGGAUUAGCAGUGGCGCGGUUUCAGCCACCCAAAGAGCUGUUGGAGAUCGCCACGCAGCUGUUGGGCAGUGACGACGGUCCUUUGGACGUUGCGGUCACCUUCUCCCUGCUGAUGCCACGUGGCACCAACCAGUCGCAGUCGUCGCAGUCGGAGUGUGGCCACAACCAGACGCGGAAGAUCAGCGUCACUCUGGUGCCUGGACGUUCGGCUCGAAGCUCUCCGAGCAGCGGAGCUGCACUUGGUCUCCACUCUCCACGCUUCGCAGCUUUCGCCCGGGGCGAAGUUGGCGUUGCUGGUUGGACUGGCCAUGAGGAUCCCACUGGAACGGUGGCCGGCUCAGUGGGGCGGAAGGGAGGAGUUGGACCUCUCAGAACUGCAGUGGUGACGGUGGAGACGCUCCGCGGCAGAGACCGCGACAGACGGCGGCCGGUGCAAUACGUCCUGGUGGUGGGCGCGCUGAUGACCUACAUCGGCGCGCGCUUGUGCCAUCAAGCCUUUGUGAAGUCGAUUGAGGUGUGGUACUCUUCGCCCGCCAAUCGACAUUCAUACUUCAAAGCUUUCAAGGAGCAGUACAUUCAGACGGGCAAAGCGGACUUCUCCGCCUUCAUGAAGACACAUCCUGAGACCAUCUCUCAGACCUUCGGCGAUGAGGCGACCUCAGAGGGACAGAUGGUGAAGGCUAUGGUGCAGCCCAGCGCCGUCGCCAUGGCUGUAGGUGGCAUCAUGAUGCGCUGCGGUGGCAAUUCGAUGUGGGGCUACCUCUUCCACACCCUGCGCGGCAUGAUGACUCCCUUCGGUCUGCUGAUGGUGCUUCAGACGCCGGUGGUCAGUGGAGCUGGUGCUGGAAACAAGGAGAUCCGCGAAGGGAAGAAGGUCUCCAAUAUCGAAUUGAUCUACCAGCUCAACUGGGUGAUUCUGCACUUCGUGGGCUUCGCCGCGUUCCUGGGCCCCGCUGUCAUCAUUGAGCUGCCAGUGGCCAUUUAUGAGCUUCUCACGCACCAAGGCUCAGGCGAGGGCAUGCACCUUGAGGCAGCUCGACUGGGCCUGGCAGUGAUGCGGAUCAUUUGUGCCAUCCUCUUGGUGGUCUCAGCGCCUUUCCUGGGCAAAGAGAGCACCAAGAACCCCAACUCCCUGGGUGCCCUUAAAUGGCGCGCAGAGUUCACCGUGGGCGAGUUCGGGGCCUGCCAGAUGUACUUCAACGCGCUGAGCGUUUGGAUUCAACCAGGUGCCAAGUAUAGCUUUGCGGACCUGGUCCUGUUGGGCCUUUUGGCUGCCGAAGCCUUCCGCAUUUUCUUCGCGCACCCACCUCGGGGGUUACCAUGA